AAGUUGGUCCUUGGUGAAUGUCAGUUUAGUCAGUUGCCCUGACCACGUUGUCGUGUACAUCGACGCUUCUAAACUCGUGUGUUGAAUGUAGAUACAGUAUAAUCAAGCGGCUCUAAUCAAUUUGGAAACUCGUGUCAAACUUACAGAGUGUUUGCUACGUGAAAUCAAAUCAGCGGGCAAUCGGUUUUGAUUAUGUUCGGUUGAAGUUUUAUUACGUGCUGUUUGUAAAAUGUUCGACGAUUAUCAGUGAAGUUUUCUGUUGAAAGUGUUAUACAGUAAUUAUUUAUUAUUCUACGUUACUAUAUUUUUAAUUCGAUUGGACUGAUAAGUAGGGAUAUAGUUGAUCCAAGUACCAUUAGUCAUCUUAAUGACUUCCUAGUUGUAGUAGCUUUUGUGACAAUAAAUACAUAACUGAUAAUUGACACAAUAAACUCUUUUUAGGUUUCAAAACAUUCGUUAGAAACUGCCCUCAUUUUCAAUGGAUAAUACUAGUGGAGAGAGUUUUGAUGAAUUGAGCUGUGACAUGAACUGAGAUGUACAAUAAUUGAGAUAAUAAGCUUAAUUGAUGAUAUUUCGCUCACCUCUCUCAUUCAGAUAAUACAUUGAAUUCGUUUCAUCUCAUCCAUGACCUUUUGAUCCCUUACCUAUGGUGUCUUCCAACAGAAAUGGAUCCAGUAGCAACUACCAAACUGGGACGUUGACGAAAAUAGAUUGGGUCUUGAGAUGAUGAAAUCAACAACCAAACAAAAAUGAUGAAAAUAAGGCAAUACCCUGGAAGGGCUACAGCCAUUUCUGACGUGAGAAUGCCGUACGAAGCGAGUUGGAAGGAGGUGGAUGAAAGAUGGGGAUUGGGAAUGAAUACAAGAGAAAAGGAGAAGGAACAUCCCAAAGAUGUAUCUAGGAUCGGUGUCAAAUUGCCAGGACUCGCCACUACAAGGACGAGGAAGGAUUCGUGGAGUCCUGAAACGCAUGUUAUGGUCUCUUCUAAUACUAACGGAUUUAGCAAUCAUAAAACAGGAACAUUGAAGAAAAGUGAUAGCACAAAUAGUCUUGCACCUACCAAAGAUAUUAGUAAUAGCAAAUCAUAUAAAGAAGUUGAAGAUCGCUACGUAAAGUACACGGCACAAAAUUUGGUUCCUUUGGAUAAGAAACCGGGAGGAAGCGGUAAGAGCAAUCCUGAUUUUCGUGUGAUAGAAACUAGUAAUGGACAGUUUAGUAAUGGCAUACAGGAGACUGCGAAACGGAAAAAUGAGUCAAAGAAAGUUGUUCAAGAUGCACGGUCCGCGGCGAAUGUUUCAAUGCUACGAAAAGACUUGAGUGAUAGGACACUCGGCGGAAGAGGUGGUGGAGGAGGGUUUUCUGGGCAAAAAUCGCACCAGAGAUACCAACAAGGCAGUGAUAGUGAUAAGUCUAGUCAGAAAAGUUUCAGUACCAUUGAUCCGUUGAGUAAUAAAGAUGGUGGGAUGAGUAAGUAUAAUGGGAAGAGCAUGAGGAAUGGGAAUAGCGUCAGGUUUCCUGACCACACCACCAAAUCGGCAGUUGAUGUCAGUUUGACAACAUCUAGUUCGUCGUUUGAUUAUUCGGAUUUCAAAAACCACGACCAACUGCCAAGGCCUGGCAAAUCGGUACCGGUCAAUGAUAGUUACGACAGGAAAUCAUUGAAAGACCGUUACGAAGUAUCAAAGCAAAGUUUUCGUAAGCAGAAGUCGAAUAGCAGCGAUGUGUUGAGGGAGUGCGACGAUGAAACAAGUGUGGACUCGAGUGAGGAUGCACACAGUGACGGCGAGUUCUCGAGUAGUUUGGCCAACUUGAGGAGAUCGUUUCGCGGCGUGUCGUUUCGCAACAAGAGUGCGCAGCCGGGCAAGGUGCGACGCGACGUGCCGUUUGAGCGUCUCGACGAUGAGCCGACCAACGUGGCACCGUCGCCAACGCCGUCGUCGGCCUCGGAGUUUGUGAUACCGCGACCCAAGCUGAUCGUACCCGUUCAUACCUAUGGCAUCCGCAAACGACGCACUGGCAAUAUGUUGCAUUCGUCGCGACGCGGAAGUGAGGUCGAGACGGUGCUUUCAGCUGGAACUACCACCUCUGCUGACUCCAAGAAGCAUCAUACGUCUUGUCCAGAGGGGAGAGUUGAAGUGUCAAGAGAACAUAAGUACCUGAGCACAUUGGCACCGGGAAAGGUGUUUGGUGAAUUAGCAAUCCUCUACAACUGCAAAAGAACUGCCACCAUCAAGGCUGCUUCCGACUGUAAGCUAUGGGCAAUCGAAAGACAAUGCUUCCAGACGAUUAUGAUGAGGACGGGUCUCAUCAGGCAGGCCGAAUACACCGACUUCCUAAAAAGCGUUCCAAUAUUCAAAAACUUACCAGAGGAAACACUUAUCAAAAUAUCAGACGUUUUAGAAGAGACUUUUUACAAUGAAGGUGACUACAUUAUUAGGCAAGGUGCCCGAGGUGAUACCUUCUUCAUAAUCAGCAAAGGAAAGGUUAAAGUUACUAUGAAGCAGCCUAAUAGCAAUGAUGAGAAAUUCAUCAGACAGUUGAGAAAAGGAGACUUCUUUGGAGAGAAAGCACUUCAAGGUGAUGACUUGAGAACAGCAAACAUAGUUGCUGAUGAUCCAGAGGGAGUUUCAUGUUUGGUGAUUGACCGUGAAACGUUCAACCAGCUGAUAUCAAGCCUGGAUGAGAUUAGAACGCGGUACAAGGAUGAAGGCAUCGAAAGGAGAAGGAUAAACGAGGAGUUCAGCGAGGUGCGACUGUCGGAGCUGCGGGUGCUGGCGACCCUGGGCGUGGGUGGCUUCGGCCGGGUGGAGCUGGUGCAGGUGGCACACGACCCUUCGCGAUCGUUUGCGCUUAAGCAGAUGAAGAAGAGUCAGAUUGUGGAGACGCGCCAGCAGCAGCACAUCAUGUCCGAGAAGGAGAUCAUGGGCGAGGCCAACUGCGACUUCAUCGUCAAACUCUUCAAAACCUUCAAGGACCGCAAGUACCUCUACAUGCUCAUGGAGUCCUGUCUUGGUGGCGAGCUUUGGACUAUACUCAGGGACAAAGGUCAUUUUGACGAUUCAACGACCAGAUUCUACACGGCGUGUGUGGUCGAGGCAUUCGACUAUCUCCAUUCACGUAACAUCAUUUAUCGAGACUUGAAGCCCGAAAACUUACUUCUCGAUGUCAAUGGCUAUGUCAAGCUGGUCGAUUUCGGUUUCGCUAAAAAACUAAUGCAUGGGAGGAAGACUUGGACAUUCUGCGGAACUCCGGAAUAUGUAGCACCAGAAGUCAUUCUCAACAGAGGACAUGACAUCAGUGCUGAUUAUUGGUCGCUUGGUGUCUUAAUGUUUGAACUUCUAACAGGAACCCCACCAUUCACUGGAGCUGAUCCAAUGAAAACAUACAACAUCAUUCUUAAGGGAAUCGACGCUAUCGAGUUCCCCAGAAAUAUUACCAGAAAUGCAACCGUUCUCAUCAAGAAGCUCUGCAGGGAUAAUCCAGCUGAAAGACUUGGUUAUCAAAAGGGAGGAAUUAGCGAAAUACAGAAACACAAAUGGUUUGACGGGUUCAAUUGGGAGGGUCUGCGCGCAAUGACGCUCAUCCCACCGAUCCUGCCCAAAGUGCGCAGUGUGAUAGACACGAGCAACUUCGACCCCUACCCCCCCGACAGCGAGGGCCCCCCACCCGACGACCUCACCGGCUGGGACUCGGAAUUCUAGUCACCCUCCCCUACCUCCACACCCCUCACACCGGCUGCCGUCUUCCUAAUACUGUUCAUGUUUUUCCAUGUUAUAGAUAGUUUUAUUAAUACCGAGUUGACUAAAUGCGUAGCUUUUACUUGUUUUGUGUUAUAUGUUCGAGAAGACAUGGACACGCCAGCGUGACCAACGAGGCCAAACAAAGCCGCUAUUUCAUUUGAUUAGGAUUGAAAAAUACCAUGCAAAGGAAAAGCAGGAGAAUCUUCUAUUCUAAAAUAUAGUCAGCAAUUUAGUCCAGAAUGUAUGUGGUUGAACAAAUAAAUUGUUGAAUAACCUUACAUAUUAUAUUUUUAUUAACCACUUGAUUAAAUAACAUUAUAUUCAACUUGACUUGAAAAGGUUUGAAUUAAUUAUUUCAAAUUAUUUUUCAUUAAUCUAGUUAUCAUUCCAAUUACAAGUAACUUUGAUUGCACCCUUUGAAGUUUGAAUGUCUCUUUUCCUAACUUGUUGAAAAAUUGAAGUGGUUGGUUGGUCAUAGAAUCAACCAAAUAAUGCUAUCUUAUUUGUGUCCUAUGCAUUUUGCACAACUCUAUCUCCAUUGCAAUGGAUUUGUUCAGUAAUUUGGAACAGCACAUCUCUUUUUCAUUAUGUACGAUACUACUUUCAUCCUUUUUGAUACAAAACUCUUCUUGAAACACUUUGUUUACCAACAUGUAGCAACGUAAGGGCCAAGCCGCACGAGGCGUUUUUUCAAUCGGCAUGAUAGGCCAUGAAGCUCUUCGAUUAACUAGACAGGAAGCUAACUUGUUAUGCCAACCCAAUCAGCCAAUCGGAGAGCUUCAUGUCUUGUCAUGAAGAAUGGCAAACAAAACAUCUGAGUACUUGGUCCUAACCUUCCCACCAAAAAAUACUUCUCUAUUUCUAUGUUCAAGGUUUAUUGUUGUUUCAUUCCUUGCAUACACUUAGAUUUUACUGCAUAUUAAGAUAAAUCUUCGCUGAAAACGUAUUUUCUUAUUACCGAGUAGAAAUAAGAUGUUUCCCCACAUUGUACUGAACCAAUAAUUUGUUUCAAUACAAAAUAGAGUAGAAUCAUACAUACAGACUUCGCUGACAGUUAGUUUCAGUCAAUAUUUUUGACUUAACAAUCCACCACUGACAAGACAAGUUUAUCGCUGCUCAAUUGAUUUCUUACUAUUGAUAAACUAUAUAGUCUAUAAACUAUAGACUAUAUCAAUAGUCGGGAAACUGGUAUUGUCGGUCACCUGGACUGUCCAAUUUUCGAAAAGAAAUAAGUAGAGAUGAAUAACGGCAAUUAUUAAUAUUAUUCUUUGCACCUUGUAGCGGAAGUUGAAUGAGUAACGUUUUGUUUUAUGUUGAAAAAUUAUAUUUCCCCUUUUAACAAGAAUAACGUAUAAAAUAAUUUCAGCAUUCAUUUAAAAUUUGAAGUUAUUCAACAAAACAAUAUUGGAGUCAAUAGUCUGCAAGAUAACUUUUGUAAAUUGAACUGAAAUUACUAUUGGGUUCCUCAACAUAAAAUAUGCAUCAAUUUAUAAUGGAAGAGUGCAAAUCAGCUCAGAGUUUUUAAUAGCCUAUAGCUGAAACUAGUUAAAUUUGAUAAAAUGUAACGAUGAGAGACUCUUGCAAUCUUUGAUCCAGGUUAGUGGGGAGGAUAUUUUUAAUAUUCUUUCCGAAGAAUGGACAUUGAUAUGUCCAAAGCUCCGCCAAUUUAUGUAGAUGCAUAACAAUAUAAUUAUCUAUAGUUAUUAUAUUACAAAUUACUUUUUCAUAUCAUAUACAGUUCAAUAAUUAUUUUCUUAGUCUAUAUUAUGUAAAUUCAUCUAUAAUUUUGCUGUAUUGUAAGCUAUUGUAUAUAAGUGUAUAAGCCAGUAUAUAUUGUAAUCUACAUAAAUAAAGUACUCAAUCAAUCAAUCCACUCAAAUAUGACUCUAAUGGUACAAACUUAGUGGAGCGGCGAAGGUAGCUUCAAGCUUGAGAGUAUUUUUUAAUUACAUGCAUUAAAUUGAAAUUCAAGCUUGUAGCUUCAUGCUUGAGUGUUGAAUUUAAUUGGUGUCACGUUCUGGUAACGCAUAGUGAAGCGGUAUGUUUCAACCCAUUUCAAUAUAUACAUUGAAUUCAAAACUUUCAAGCUUGAAGCGCGUUCGCCGCGCCAAUACGUUUUUACCCUUAGAGACAUAUUUGAGUGAAUCAAAGAUUGAGAGAGUCUCAUCGUUACAUUUUAUAAAAUUUAACUAAAUUGUUUCAGAUUAUUAGAAACGCUGAGCUGAUUUGAUCUUUUCCAUUAUAGAAUGAUGCAUAUUUUAUUUUGAGGGACCCAAAUAGUAAUUUCAGUUCAAUUUUCAAUUUACAAGAGACGUGGCGCGGAAAUGUUUUUUCCUGGUCUACUAUGUAAACACAAGAAGUAAGCGUAUGCGCCAAAUCUCUUCUGUGAGUAUUUGAACCAUAUGUUUACAUAAGAGAGACUUGGAAGGAACAAAAGUCCGCGCCAUGUCCCUCCCUACCCGACAUCCAUUCUCUGUGUCUAACGCUCUCAGUAGAAGUGGAUGAAGCUUGUGCCUCAACAAGGAACGAAAUCAACAUAAUCAUUAUAAAAAACAAUUAUUAUUUCUUACUAAUAAAAUUUGAAAAAUGAUGCACAAUAACUUAAUGAUAAUUAUAUGAAUAGGAAUGUUAAUUACUGCUUUACGAGACUCUUUGAAUAAAUAAUUUAAUAUAUUUCUAUAAAAUCCGAGUCUUAUUGAAAAUACUGUCACUAUUGAAAAUAAAUCAACUGUGGUGUAAUAGGCUUUUUGAAUACUGUCCAUAGUUCUGUUAUUAGAAUAAUUGUUGAUAGACUACUAUCUGUUUGAUGAAAUUCAUUUCAUUAUUUGUAUUUAUUAUCUAGAAUUAUGAAAACAUUUCGAAUAAUAGAGACAUAUUGCCAUUCAAAAGCAAAAACCCUAACCUACCAUUUUACCACCAAAACAUAAUUAAAUAGAAGCAGGUUUUAUUCAUCUAAUUUUAUAGGGAGGAUGAAUUCAAAUCUAGCCGAUCUGAGAUCCUCCUUAUCUGUUCUCUGUCAAUAUUUCAUCUUGAAAUAACUCUGUAAAGAUGAAGAGUUUUUAUCUGAUUUUCAUAAAGGGUGAAAUUUCAUUUAUUUUAUAAAGGGCCCCUUACACCUUUAAAAUAUUCACAUGUGGCAGCUUUUGAAACGCAAUUACACAUUAUUUUGUGGCUAGUCUCCCAAUCAAAUAUGCAUAAAAAUUGAGGGAUUUGAAGUUAUCUUCAUCCUUCUUUAAGAUAUUACUCUCAUUCUAUUCAAAUAAUAACAUUAAAUAGAAAAUAUAAAUGAAAAUUGUUUUAAGGCUUCAUCAGUGAAAGGCGUCAAGUUGAAUUUCGUGAGGUUUUCUCAAGUAUGUAGUUAUAUCAAUACUCACUUUUCUUCCUUGGGCUACCAUCAAAAAACAAUAGAAAUGAUUAAAAGUGCCUUUUAUUUUAUUGCAACACUACUAGUUUCAACUUUUCAAGAGCCCCACUUGGAAUGGCAAUGGAGAGUAUUGCAAUAAAAUAAAGGGUACUCUUGAUAACUUUUUUAUUGUGUUUUAAUAUAAAUACCUAUAUCCAAGUCCACAUAUUUUGCCACAAUCUGAUUGAUAUCUUGAUCAAAAUAUAUAGAUGGAUGUAAUGUGGGGCCCUAAGACUUAUUGGUGUGUGUUCCAAUGCAACUGGUUUCUUCCACUCAAAAAAAGUUCCUACAAUAAAUUUGAAUUCUUCACUAUUUUCAAAAUGUUGUCAUGUCAUAGUCAGAUCUUUCAAAUAAGUUACAUCACAAUAACUUUUCAACCUGUAAUAUGUGUAUUAAAUUUAUACUUUGAAGCUACUCAUCAUUAUUCGUUUCUUUAUAGUAGGUUAGCAGAUUGUUUUAUUUGAGAGUGGGAAGUGAUUUCAUUGUUGAGAAAAUUAAAUUGUCUCAAAAACCACUACCACCUAAAUUUACAAAGCCAUAGCGCUUGGUUGUGACGUCAUCAUUAGUCGAUGAAAUUAUCCAAUCAGAAAGCUGCAAAUCUAGAAUUUCAAUUCUGCUGAUUUCUAAUCAACUUUCUGAAUGGAUAAUUUCAUUGACUACUGAUGACAUCGCAACCUAGCGCUAUGACUUUGUAAAUCUAGGUGGUAAUGCAAAAACCUUUUAAAUCUUUAAACUGUAAAUUUUUCCCCCAUUUUUACAUAGUUUCAACAAGUGAGAGAUUAUGGUAUCGUGUUUUAAUAUUAUUGUAGAAUCCACUGAGAUUGAGUUAUUUUUCAAUUUGUUACCAUUUUAUUUUCUGUCAGUCUUGGGAACCCAAGAGCUUACAUAUUCUAUAAUAGACUGAAUAAUGGUAUAAAUAUUCUUCAUUUUCAAAUACGUGCCAUUGAAUGAACAGUUGGUUCUUUUGUACACUAUGAAAAAGGCAAACAGUAUGCUAGUGAUUUCACACCAGUGAUCAAAUUAUUUACAAUUUCCACUUUUUUCAAUAAGGAUAGAAUAGCAAACGUGUAUUUUUGGUUCUCAAAUAGAAGAUUUACUAUGGCAUUGUACAAUCCCCAUUUUCACAACCUACACAAUUCAACUUGUAUUUUUUCCUUAGGACUACUCUUGAAUUGUAAUAAAAAUGAAAAUCCAAGUACCCUUUUUUUAAAUUGUUUACUUGAGACAUGUUUCGGCCAUGAUGUCAUUAUCAAGUAAUUGAAAAAUUAAUAAAAUGAUAUUAAAUAAAUACUAUUGCAAGCUCUUUAUUAAUUUUUCAAUUACUUGAUAAUGGCAUCAUGGCCGAAACAUGUCGUAAGUAAACAAUUUUAAAAAGGGUAUUUGGAUUUUUAUUUUUUAUUACAAUUCAACUUUUAUAUUUUCCUCUUUGCCAUUUUUCAUAAAAUCAGAGUAAGUUACUGCCUUGAAUAUUGAACAAUGAAAUUUAAAAAUUGAAAUCACGUAAUUUGUCAAUAGUCAAUAAUUUUUAUACUUGGGUGAUUCAAGAAAAGUGGAUGCGUGUAGACAAUAAUUAGAUUAUUACACUUUUUAUAACCAAUAAAAGUUCACUUUUUAUAACCAAUAAAAGUUAUCAUAGAGUUUAAAUAAAUUUUAUUCAAUUGUUUGAAGAAAAAAAUAUUAUUGUAGUUGUUGUUCAAUAUAUUGAGUAUAACAAUUACAAUAUUUCUGCCGAUAAAAGAACAAAUUUAUUGAAUUAGUAUGUUGUUUGAAUUAGAAGGAAAUGCCGUAUUUAUAGUAUUAAAAAAUUACUGACUUGUGUGAAUGAGUGCAAAGUGUGAUCUUGAAUGAAUGUGUACAAUUGUUCAUAAACAUUAUAUCAAUAAUUCUUUCAGGGUUGACUUUGAAUUGGAUGCUUUGAUUUACUAUGCAUUAAAAUUGACGUUUUUAUCUAGAAAUUAUGAAAUUGAUUAUCACCACAAAACUUAUCAUGAAUAUUUGUAUUGGGCAGCUGUUGAGGAUAUUAUUUCUUAAAGAUAUUCAUGAUCCAUUACUGUUCUCUUUGUUUUUUUAAAUUUUACUCAGACACAUUAUUCCGAUCAAACCCUCUGUGAUUCAUACAUUUAAGUUUCAUUCAUUCAAGCCAAAUGUAUGAAAUUAAUACUUUAUAUAUGAUGAGUUUUGUAUGAAGGAUUCUUGAAAAGUUAGUUGUUAUAAAAAUAUAGGUGCAUGAAAUAUCAUACUUCAUAAUGUAUCAUUUUCAAUAUACAUUGUAAGAUAACUUGUUGCAAUUACUGUUGAGACUUUUGAAAAUUUGUAGAAAUGAAUAAAUAAAUUUAUAUGAUUGUUGAGUUAUGGUUUGUAAUUGUAAAUAGAUAUAUUUUUACAUUAAUGACAAUACAAUUUAUGAAAAACUA